AUGAAUUAUAACUUCGGCGCCAACGCUCUCGACGAGGAGGUUGUUGGAAGAGGCGGCGGCAGAGGCGGGGAAGGGGGGAGCUGCCCAGCCCCAGCAUGGGCCAGGCCCUGCGACGGGUGCCGCGCGGCGCCCAGCGUGGUGUACUGCCACGCCGACGCGGCGUACCUGUGCGCGGCGUGCGACGCGCGGGUGCACGCCGCCAACCGCGUGGCGUCGCGCCACGAGCGCGUGCGCGUCUGCGAGGCCUGCGAGCGCGCGCCCGCCGUGCUGGUGUGCCGCGCCGACGCCGCCGCGCUCUGCGCCGUCUGCGACGCGCAGGUCCACUCCGCCAACCCGCUCGCGGGGAGGCACCAGCGCGUGCCCGUGCUGCCGCUCCCGGUCGCGGCCAUCCCGUCGGCUUCCGUGCUCGCCGAGGCAGCGGCCACCGCCGUGGCCGUGGGUGACAAGGAAGAGGAGGUUGACUCGUGGCUGCUGCUCACCAACACCAAGGAUCCUGUUUCAGACAACAACAAUUGCAAUUGCAGCAGCAGCAACAACAACAUCAGCAGCAACACCAGCACGUUCUACGCAGAAGUUGAUGAGUACUUUGAUCUCGUCGGCUACAAUUCCUACUGUGACAACCACAUCAACAUCAACCCAAAACAGUACGGGAUGCAAGAACAGCAACAGCAACAGCAGCAGCUGCUGCUGCAAAAGGAAUUUGAAGACAAGGAGGGAAGCCAGUACGUGGUGCCUUCACAGGUCGCGAUGGCCAAUGAGCAGCAGCAGUAG